AUUUCUUGAGAUUUUUCUAAGAAAACCGAUAGAAUUGGAAUGUCGUGAAUAAGAUUCGCAUAUCAAUUAUAGUACUAGUACUCAGACCUUCAAGAUAGAAGCUGAUAGAUUAUGACUAAAUGUUAACCUUUUUGGUAUUCCUAUUAACUAUCUUCAUCUAAAGAAGUUCAUGGCGCUUGUUCAAUCCUGGACGUUUCGACAGCCUGCGCUAUAGUACCCUGAUACAUUUCAUUUUCCCCGUCUUUUCCCGCUAUAAUUUUAAUUUUGUAAAAGUAAAUCACACGUCCUCGUCCCGGUUUCCGUUCCCAUGAACUAUUGCUUGCUACUUCUAUGUUCUUGGUGUUAUGUCGACGCUUUUUCCCAAGUUGAUCAAUUUCGGUACCUGUAUCAUAAACCUUGACGUUCGGCAUGGUAGUUCUCAACGCGUGUUAGGCUAGUCUCAACAGCGAAAAAAAAUGUGCAUAUUUUGCGAUCGUUAUCGCAAUGAGGACCCAAGCGAGUGGGCUCUCGUGGAUGGCGACGUUAUAGAUGCUGAGGGCUGCGCGUCUCUCCGAAAAAGAAGGAAAAAGUGCACUGUCGUCACCGGCUUCCUCGGUGCGGGAAAAACAACGUUUUUGAACCAUAUUUAUGUCCGGUGAACAACAGGAUCAUCAUGAAUGUCAUUGUCUUAAAUUUUAUCACUUGUUAGAAGUUGUUCUUGUUAGUAGUUCCGCCUUCUAGGAUGUCCUUGUUAGUAGUUCCACCUUCUAGGAUGUCCUUGUUAAUAGUACUUCCACCUUCUAAGAUGUCCUCCUCUUCUAGGACUUCCUCCAUUACAAAACUGCUUCUACCUUUUGUUCCGUGAACAUUUCCUCGUCUAACCUUUUCUCUCCUCUACAUCGCAUAACCGCAAAAUUGGUGUCAUAGUGAACGAGUUUGGGGAGACAACGAUUGAUGACAAGCUGUUGAAAAAUCCUAAGAACCGAGUGGAGCGCUGUGAUGAAAGCGGCAUGAGCGUAGUGUCUUUGGAAAACGGUUGCGUCUGUUGCACUGUGCGUGAUGACCUGGUGAAAGCAAUAUUAAGGUUCGCAACUGGAGGGAGAGGGGCAACUACUUCUGCAAAUGGAACAGCAACUGGAGGAGGAACGGGGGUUGAAGGUGGUGAAGAUGCGACUGAUGAUAUAUCAACGUUGAGUCCAAGUACGACGCCUACAGAAGUCUCGAGUGCACCUACGCCUGGCACUGGUGGAGGUGGUUCUUCAUCAUUUUUGGAUGAGGUGGAUUACCUGAUAGUGGAAUGUUCAGGCUUAUCCGAGGUGGUACCAGUAUGCCAGACUUUUUAUGAGCGCGAUGUGCAAGCAGCCUUCCAGCUAGACGGUGUGGUGUGUGUCCUAGAUUGUAAAAAGUAUUGGCAAGAAUUUGGACCCGAGAUAGAUCCCGGAGGACCGCAUUUGAUGCCACCUUCUCGUCCAGAAAAAACGUUGUCCUUCGGAAAUCAUAUUCACGACCAGAAGACCGCGGAAACCCCUCUGGACAUCAGAAAUCAUGACCUGACGACCACGGAGUCGGAGACGCAGCGAGAGCUCGAUAUGAUCAAUACAACUACUAGAGGUUUUGUACCACGUCCAGAAACCGACCUGAGAGUGGAGGACAUACCUACAGAAGAAGACCUACUUUGCGAGAUGGAAACUGACCUUGUGCCUCAAAUUAAGGCAACAAGACUUUUGCUACUAGAUACCUACUUAUGUAGUUUGUAAAGUAGUGGUCCUUGUUCUUCAUCUAGGUAGGUCGUUAAUAUUCCUGAUUCUGAUUUUCUUCAUUAUUCUAGAGGAUCUCGAUCUCCUUCUUCUUCAGAAGAAGUUCUUGUUCAUGAUCUAGGAUCUCCUAUGUCUAUCUCGUCUAAUAAGACGGAAGAAGUAGACGAAGAGGAAGCUUUGAAAGCGGAAGCCGCGCAGAGACGAGCGCUGAUGGUUGAGCAGCUGACGCUGAGCGACAUUGUCUUGGCAAACAAGAUAGAUUUGGUGCCGAAAGCAGUUAGAGAGAAAAUUUUGACCCACUUGAGGGAACAAAAUCAUUUUUAUGAACAAAAGAAUGAAGUUCACUUUGCUGGGAUUGUUCCAAAGAAUGGCGCAUGAUUUCUAGUUCUACAGCUCAACCUCAUUCCCAAAAUGUAGACGAAGUAAAGGGAACCACUCAGGUAAUAUCGCGAAGCAGGAUUCAGCUUUUUUUAAUUCUCACGUUAAGCAUAAUCUCUUCUUCAUCAUAUCAAACUGAUCCUCUAUCUCUAAACUUCAUUAUAUAUAAAAACAAUUGUUCCCACCUAUCUGAUUACCCAAUCACCACAUUCUAACUCCCAUUAGAAACGAUUCCUUGCCGCAAUGGACGUGUUUCUGUUAAGCAGGUGAUUGACCGGGAUCUGUUCACGCCAACUUCGAGUUUUCUUAAACAGCAGCCCAAGCACAUCUUCCAAGAAAGCAGACCUAAUAGCUUUUUUGACCUAUUUCCACCACCAACGACGGCCGGCAGUUCAGAGAGGACGACGAUCGCUGCUGAUAAUAUUAUGAAAAACUCAAUAAAAAAUUCAAUUUUCUAGAGAUUGAAGAGGAGGAGUCCGAGUCAUCUUCAACUUUUUCAAUAUCCUUCGCCUCCAAUAUCCACCAGUGUCUCAGUCUAUCACUAGUAUCUUCACAAUUUUAUUUUCUGAAUUCCAUUCCACCUUAUGUUGAUAGACAAAGACGUCGGUCGAGUCUUCCGUUCAUUUUCCAAUUUACGCUCCUCCUCUAAUUUACAUUCCUCAUCGUCUACUUUCUCUUCGCCGAAGAAGAAGAAGUUUGAUCUAUUGGCUCCGCUGCGGUACUCGAAGUCUGUCCACUCGAUUUCCCUGGAGAUGAGCUUAAGGCUAGUACUGUUUUUUACUUCAGGAACAGGGUUAAACAAUGCAGUUCUUGUACUCAAUUUCAUUUACUUACUAUGCCGCGAGUGUAGAAUAUGUUAGUUCAUCCGGACGAGUGAGCUGCCCUUUGAUUUAAAACAAGGGAAACCAAGAAAGGGAACAGUAAACUCCACUCAUUGAUUUCACUAAGGGGGACGCGAUCUUCAGGGCAUCUCGAUUGACCAAGGAUCAUAGUGAAAAACUAAAACUAGCGCUAAUAACCAACGACCCUCUCGACACUGUGAAACUGCGGAGUUUUUUGGCGGAUCUCUACAUGAGACACGCAAAAGCCCGUGUGCUACGCUGUAAGGGCAUUUUACAAGUGCAGGACAGUGAACUCGGCAAGCCGUACACAGUGGUGGUACAGGGUGUCGCGGAUCACGUGGACUGGGAACAGACGGCCAAAUCAACAUCCCCUUCUUCUACUUCGUCUCCUUCGUCCUCUGACCACAAGAUGAAGUCAAAGUUCGUGAUCAUCUUUCAGAAUCCUGAUCAUGUAAACCUAACGAAAAUAAAAGACGAAUUUGAACGAUGUACGAUGUGUCGAGGAGGACUACAGCACUAAUUAUAACGAAGAUGCACAAUAAUAUAAUACGACUACAGCACACUAAACGAAGAUGCACGAUAAGACGACUACAGCACACUAGACGAAGAUGCACGAAGAGACCAGCACUAUCAUGUUGUAGAGAGAAGCUGCACUUGCAAAGCACUUCUCAGGAGACGCGAC